GAGCAAACAAACAACCCAUUAUACAGCUGUUUAAACCGCCACUCUCUCGACGAAGCUCGGCCAACAAUGGCGGCGACCACCACAUCACGAGCCCCGGCGACUCCUCUUCGCAACCGAAUCAAUCCCAAACCCUGGCGGUCCGAUCAAAGAGUGAUCUCAAACUUCAACCCUACGAUACCUCGCUCCGAGCGGCGUCGUACUUUGGCCGUUCUGGCUACUCUCCGGCGAGACAACAGAGACGACGAAUCACACAACGCCAUUGAAGGCAAGAACAAGAACUCCAUAGAGCUUCAGAGUCUUCUCGAAGACUUUCCAUACGAAUUGAACUCCAAAGACUCGAAUUCACUUCCAAGGCCUUUAACUUCGACCUAUUUCUCGAAUUCCGUCUCUGAUGGCUCUCGCCUUCGUGUUGCUUACCAGGGGGUUCAUGGGGCAUACAGUGAGACUGCGGCCGAGAAGGCAUAUCCCAAUUGCGAAGCAGUUCCUUGCGAACAGUUCGAUACUGCUUUCGAAGCCGUUGAACGGUGGCUUGUAGAUAGAGCAGUUUUACCAAUUGAGAAUUCGCUGGGGGGAAGCAUCCACAGAAAUUAUGACCUUUUACUUCGGCACAGGUUGCAUAUAGUUGGGGAAGUGAAACUUGCAAUCAGGCAUUGUUUACUAGCUAACCAUGGCGUUAAAGUUCAAGACCUUAAGAGGGUUCUAAGCCAUCCACAGGCUCUUGCUCAGUGUGAGAACACACUAACAAGGUUGGGAAUGGUCAGGGAAGCUGUGGAUGAUACUGCUGGUGCAGCAAAGUUUGUUGCUUUCCACAAACUAAACGACACAGGAGCAGUUGCUAGCUCUACUGCUGCAAGGAUCUACGGAAUGAAUAUACUUGCUGAAGAUAUUCAGGAUGACUCCGAUAAUGUCACUCGAUUUCUAGUUCUUGCAAGAGAACCUAUAAUUCCUGGCACCGAUAGGCUAUUCAAGACAAGUAUAGUUUUCUCGCUGGAGGAAGGUCCUGGAAUGCUUUUCAAGGCACUUGCUGUUUUUGCAAUGAGAGACAUUAACUUAACUAAGAUUGAAAGUCGCCCACUGCAGAAGCAGGCCUUGCAAAUGCUAGACGAUAACAAUAAUGGAUUUCCAAAGCGCUUCCCUUAUCUAUUCUAUGUGGAUUUUGAAGCAUCAAUGGCUGACCAGAAAGCACAGAAUGCUCUUGGGCAUCUAAAGGAGAUUGCUACAUUCUUGAGAGUGCUGGGGAGUUACCCAGCGGACAUUAGCAUGUCAUGAAUGAUGCUGAAGCCCUGGAUUUUGUGAUAAUGCUGGGCUCAUGGAAGGUUUUUUUGGGCCAAAGAGACAUCCUAAUUUUGUUUUUGGUCUCAACGACAAAUAUGUACAGAAAUUAGAGAUGUUUGUGCACUGCUGGAAGUAGAGAUUCUAAUCAACAUCUCACACCUUAGAUGGGUAUGUAGAUUGUGUUCUCACUGAAACUUCAGUCAAAACUAAGGUUGUACUAUUCAUUGUUCAAGGUGCAUUUGUUUUAUUGAUUUUUCAUUUUUCUUCUUCAUAUUAGAUUGUAUAAACGAAGGGAAACAAAUGUGGGCUCUGUUUUUGUACUAGUAAGCUUGUACUAUAUGAUUACUCUCAAAACAGUUUAGUUUCUCAAAAUUCAUGCUUCUACAUGAGGUA